GGAACCACGAGUCUGACCCAGCGGGGGAGCGGAGCUGACCCACAGGGGAACCGAGCCAAGGCGCCUCGUCCGGGGGACACCUCUCAAGGAACGGCCGCUGACUCUGUGUGUGUGCACCGGGGCUUCCACAGCUCCUGGCCCGCAAGGCUGGAUCGACCCAGCCGCCUGGCGACGCUCUUCACCCGCCAACCGCAACCAGAACCACCGCAGCACCACAGCUAGCUAGCAGGCUAACUAGCUAGCCUCCAGAGGAGUGGACAGGCAGCAAGGGAACAACAAGCCGGAUUUAAGGAGGGGUCACCCGGCUGGAGGUGUUGCUAACCCCCGGUACUCGCCGCUUUGCCUCGCUUGUCCGCCCCGGGCUCCUGGCUCCGGAGUUCCCGCAGCCUCCUGACCCGCACUAGCCUCGGCUGGAGCUCGCUAGCCGGGAUGUGUCACCGCAGCUAACCGACCCACACUUGUGUUGUGUUGUGUUGUGCUGUGUUGUGUUGUGUUGUGGUCCCCGAGAGGCCGAACAGGGGGGUGCAUCAUCCCGCCUAACGCCUGCUCCUUCGCCGGGCUCUGGAUGUCGUGUCCCCCGCCGGCCACCGGUCCCUCCAGAAGAACCAGACGCGGGGCAUGCCGGAGGAGAAAGCCCCGGGGAUAAGCUCAUAGGAACCGGGGACACACACUAACUCAACCGGGGUCGGUUCGAUUAAACCCACACAAACCCGGGGGUUUUAUAUCCAGCAUCAGGCCGGUGGACAGAGAGGGAAGGGCGGGGAGGAUGAAGAAGUUUUCCCGGAUGCCGAGGUCGGAGGGCGGCGGGCUCGGAGGCGCCGGGUCCGGCUCCAGCUCCGGGGUCAGCGGCUUCCUGGGGAAGGUGUUCGCGGUGGGUCGGUACCAGGUGACCGUGGAGGAGCUGGUGGCUGAGGGAGGCUUCUCCGUGGUGUUUCUGGCUCGUACGCACAGCGGCGUGCGAUGUGCUCUCAAGCGCAUGUACGUCAACAACGUCCCGGAUCUGAACGUCUACAAGAGAGAGAUCACUAUCAUGAAGGAGCUCUCGGGCCAUAAGAACAUCGUCGGCUACCUGGACUCCACGAUCAGUCCCGUGUCCGACACCGUGUGGGAGGUGCUGAUCAUCAUGGAGUACUGCAAAGCCGGUCAGGUGGUGCGGCAGAUGAACCAGCGGCUGAACGUUGGCUUCACUGAGGCCGAAGUCCUUCACGUCUUCUGUGACACGUGUGAGGCCGUGGCCCGGCUGCACCAAUGCAAGACGCCCGUCAUCCACAGAGACCUAAAGGUUGAGAACAUCCUGCUGAACGACCAGGGGAACUACGUGCUGUGUGACUUCGGGAGUGCGACUCACAAGGUGCUGCUGCCACACAAAGACGGAGUCACUGCUGUGGAGGACGAGAUUAAGAAGUACACGACCCUGUCAUAUCGGGCUCCGGAGAUGAUUAACUUGUAUGCAGGGAUAGCCAUCACCACUAAAGCUGAUAUAUGGGCUCUGGGAUGCUUGUUGUACAAGCUGUGUUUCUUCACUCUUCCAUUUGGGGAGAGUCAAGUUGCCAUAUGUGACGGAACCUUUAUCGUUCCAGAUAACUCCAAAUUCUCCUUCAAGUUGCACUGCUUAAUCAGAUACAUGCUCGAACCCGAUCAGGAGAAGAGACCCGACAUUUACCAAGUCUCCUACUUUGCCUUCAAGUUAGCUGGAAAAGAUUGUCCGGUGCCAAAUCUCUUCAACUCUCCCAUCCCCACGACGCUGCCGGAGCCGCUGACGGCCAGCGAGGUCGCCGCUAGGAAGAGCCAGACGAAAGCCAGGAUAACGGAAUCUGUCGGCCCGACGGAGACAUCGAUCGCUCCGAGGCAGAGGCCGAAGGCGGUGAACAGCAACGUGCUGCCCCUCGCCAACACCGUCACCCCCCCGACCAUGACCCCGCCCUCGGCUCCCGUCAGCAACGGACAGAAAGCUCCCACCCCCGGCUCCGGGCAGCUGUCCCUGCAGCCGCAGCCGAGCAGUCAGCAGCACCGGGUCCUGCAGCAGCUGCAGCCGGGCGACCUGCGUCUGCAGCAGCUGCAGCAUCAGCAGCAGCAGCAACAGGCCGUGCAGCAGCAGCAUGCGAAUGCACAGCAACUCCAAUACCUCCAGUACCAACAGGCGGUGCAGCAGUCCCUCCAGCUCCAGCAGCAGCAGGCCUUGCUCCAGCAGCAGCAGCAGAUGAUGAUGCAGCCCAUGUACCAGCAGCAGGUCGCUCAGGCCCAGGCUCAGUACGCAGCCAUGCUGCACCAGUACCAACAGGCGUUUGUGCAGCAGCAACAACAACAACAACAACAACAACAACAACAACAACAACAACAACAACAGCAACAUCAUCUUCAACAGCAGCAUCAUCACCCCCCUCAGCAGCCCCUCCCCUACAUGCCCUCCCCUCUUGAGUUCCAGAUCCCCCUCGGCUCUUACAACACUACCACCCCCUCUGCUGGACCUGCAGCAGGAAGUGGACCGAUGGGGGGGGUCUCACCUGUGGAUCUCUUGUACAACAACACCAGAAACCCUCUGCUGGUUUCCGACGGCCUCACCCCCCCUCCCCCCCCUCAGAGCUGCACCAGCGCAGUGAGCAACCCCCCCGACAUGUCGCGCUGGAACCCCUUCGGCGAGGACAACUUCUCCCGGCUGACGGAGGAGGAGCUGAUCGACCGCGAGUUCGAUUUGCUCCGAGCAAACAAACCUGUGGAGAGAACGAGCAGCGUUGAGGCGGAGCGACCCCAGCCGGCCGCCGCCGCCAGGCCCCUCCUCCCCGAGGACCUGUUCGGCUCAGUCCCGUUCGUGGCCAGCGCAGGAUCGACCCCGGUGACGCAGACUGAGCAGAGCAGCGAGGACGCUAGUGUUCCUCCUCCUCUUCCUCCUUCUUCUUCACCUCCUCCUCCUCCUCCAACUUCACCUCCUCCUCUAGUCUCGACCUCUACAGUCGACCUGCAGCCUCCUGAGGUCAAGGAGCACAAACCUCUCAGGAGGAGCAACUGCAGACCAGGAGAAGAGUCCGACAGCGACUUUGAGUCUGACCCUCCUUCGCCGAAGAGCAGCGAGGAGGAGGAGGAGCCGGAGGAGGAGCCAGGGGAGGAGCCCGAGGAGGACAGUGAACACGGAGACGACACCGAGCCGGAGACCUUGGGUCAGAGGCCUCUGCUGAUGGAUUCCGAGGAAGAGGGCGAGGAGGAGGAGGAGCACAGUUCGGACUCGGACUACAACCCCGGCAAGGUCAAAGGUCGCUCUAAGAAAUCUGGUAAAUCGGCUCCUGCUGCCACCAGGGGGCGCUGUGAAGAAGACUCUGUCCUGAGCCUCAUCGGAGCUGCUCCGGAGGAGGAGCCUGUGGACGUGUUCGGGUUCGGUCCCUUCGCUGGAGGAGGAGGAGCUCCGCAGGUCGAACCUCCAGAGAACGUCUUCGCCAAAGCGCCUUUCAGACAAGUCAGCCACGAGCCGGGCGCCGCCGCCGAGUUCGAUGUCUUCACCAAAGCUCCGUUCACCAGGAACCUCUCCAUGUCGGGCAAGAGCGGCAGCGACGCUCCAACGGGCCACUCGCCGCCCGGCUCCCCCGAGGCCUUCGACAUCUUCGGCUUCUCGCCCUUCCACCCGGGCUCCACGGCUCCGCCCCCGGUGACCUCGAGGAGCGCCGACGACAUCUUCCAGCCGUCGCACGAGGAGCCGGCGAGUCCUCAGCAGCAGCGGCUGAAGCAGCGCAGCCUCCAGAAGCUGUCGUCACGCCAGAGGAGAACCAAGCAGGAGGCCACGGCGGGGGGGGGGAGCAAGCGGCACCACGGCACGCCCACCGGGGGGCGCAAGAGCAACAAGCCGAGCUACCGCACGCCGGAGCGGGUCCGCCGGCACAGGAAGGUCGGCCGGAGAGACUCCCAGAGCAGCAACGAGUUCCUCAGCACCUCCGACUCCAAGGAGAACAUCAGCGUGGGCGUCACCAUGUCGGAGGGGAGGGACAAGGGGGCGUGUCUGCCGGCGGGCGGGGCCAUGGACGCCAUCUUGGAUCCGUUUGGAGCCAAACCGUUCCAGCCUCAGGACGGAUCCCGGCUCAGCCAGUACCACGGCCCGGUGGACAGUAAGAGUGACCUGGGCUCGGCCAAUGGGAGGAGCCGGACGGGCUCGCUGCACGCCGCUCUGGGAGACAUCGGGGGGGACAUGGAUGAUUUUGGGGCGGUGCCCUUCACGGAGGUGGUCGUCCCCAGUGGACCGCAGCCUCAGCCUCACCAGCAGGGGGCGCCAUGGCAGCCGGGGGAGCUCGACCCGUUCGGAGCGGCACCGUUUCCCUCUAAACAGUGACUCGUCACCUUGUGUCUUCUAGCUCCGCCCCCUGCGGUUAGCUAAUUUACUACGCCGCUCGCUUUUAAUACGAAAGAACCCUGUGAAGUUCUUAGGCCCCGCCCCCUGCUCGCUGAGGCCUUAUCGACGCUGCAUCUCGACGCUAAUCAAGACCGAGAAGAAUCCGAACUCCUGCUCGAAUGAACUGUGAUCACAAGCUUAGCGUUAGCUCCUGGCGGCCUUUGGCUCCUCCCACUUGUCUCGGGCUCCUCCCACUUGUCUCUUAGCACCACAAAGCCUUACGGAGCUCGGCCCUGCCUUGCUGCACAGAACCUCGGGAAGUCUGACCCGGUCGGUUCCCUUCGGUGGAACCGGUUCCCAGUAACCACUUUGUUCCACCCCCCCCCUCAGACUUGUCUCUAUGCAUCAGUUCACAGUCGUCUUCACGCAGCCGGAGGUUCGUGUUGCACCUGGAACACGAGAAGGGAUCGGAUUCUUUUCCACUUCCUUAUAAAAACUGUUUUUAAUCAACUGUUAAUUGACACAGGUUUAAAUUUAGGCUCUUGACUGUUUACUUAAAUUG